AUGAACAACGACGAUUUUGUCAUCGUUGAGAACCCCGAUGGGUUCAAGGGAGACGCCCAGCAGGAGGAAGUCGCUGUCACUCCCCAAGACGUCGCUGCCAUUCGGUCGUGGCUGUGUCCCACCGAGUUCGACUCUGACGGCAGCGACUAUCGCAAACACCUGAAUGCUCAUGCUCCAGGAACCGGCAACUGGCUUGUCCAGUCUGAAGCCUACCGGAAAUGGCACGACGCGACCGAGACCACAACGGGGGGCCUCUGGGUCCAGGGCAUCCCGGGCAGUGGGAAAUCAGUCGUCGCAGCCCGCCUGGUCCAGAGGUUAAAAGAGGAAGAGACAGCCCCUGUGGCUUUUUUCUUUGCUCGUCGCAUUAUCAAAUCCAACAGCAACCCGCACAACCUCGUCCAGGACUGCCUGUACCAGCUGCUCGACAACAGUAUUGCCCUCCAAGCGCUACUUAAUGACCUGAGGAAGCAGAAGCCUAGUGAAUAUACGCCUUUCCAAGAACUUUGGCGGGCCUUUCUGUUCGCCUUGUCGACUCUUCCUCGCGCAUAUGUCGUCUUUGACGCCUUGGACGAGCUCGCCGUUGAAGAAAAUGGCUUCCUCCCUCUCCUUUUGGAGCUCGCACAGAUGAGCCCUCGAUCGAUAAAGCUCAUUAUAACGAGCCGGCCUGUUUCCCACCUGGUGGAUGGCCUGAGGGGGCCCUCAUUAGGCCUCAUUCGGUUGACGAAGCGCGCCGUGGAGGGCGAUAUCGGGACGUAUAUCGACCAGCGGCUCAUCCAGCAAGAGCAGCGUCCCUUGACAGAGGAGCAACAGGGGCGAAUUAAAAUCUGCCAAAAAGCCGAGGGGCUGUUCCUCUAUGCCCGGCUCAUGCUCGACCAGCUCAUGGAGCAGUCCACAACACCUGUAAAAUUGCAUCUCCAGGGAUUGCCCGAGUCCCUCGAGGAAAUGUACGUAAAUCUUCUGCAUGAGCACGCUGCCAGAUCCGGUACCGGACUGUCGUUCCAGUCCUGGCUUCUGUCCUGGAUCACACAUUCCACCCGGCCACUGCGAGUAACUGAGCUCGCGACACUCGCCCUCUCUUUACCUGAUCGAGCCGGUCUCAAGACCGACCAAGACGCGAAGUUGAUGGUCCGGACGGCCUGUGGUCCCCUGCUAGAAGUCCUCGAGAAUGAGACCAUCCAGGUAAUUCACCACUCUUUCACGGAAUUCCUGCUCGACGGCCGGCGGCCAACUGCAAAGGAAUCCGACUCGAAUGCAUGGUUUCCUGCGUUCGAACCAACCGCCACCCAUCGCUCCUUGACGCUAUCCAUCAUCAAGUACCUGCUCUCCGGCUGCUUCACUGGGUGGGAGUAUAACUGGCGCAAGUUUAGUGGAGAUGGCUUUACGAAAGAACAUCACGCCGUAAUUGUCCAGUUCCCCUUCUUACAGUAUUCUGUGCAGGGCCUGAUCGACCAUGCAGAAGGCUGUGACGUUGACGAUCCAGAGCUCAUGCAAGAACUGGACCGCCUGUUCGAUCCCGGUGCUGAUACUUACAACGCCUGGUUGGACUUCUGGUUCGCUUCGAUGGACCGGCGGAUCAUUCACGACUACAAACCCAUCCAUGUGGCAGCACAUGCUGGGCUUUCACGGUACAUGGCACAUCUCGUUGCGAAAGGCGAAGACCCAAAUGUCCUCAACAAAUCCGGCGAGACACCCGUUUGGGUCGCGGCUAUGAAUGGCAACGCAGACGCACUGGGUGUGCUCCUCGAUGCUCGAGCAAGCUUCGCAGACUUCGACAAGGAAGAUUCAGCUCCCAUUCAUAAGGCCGCGGGCAGCGGCUACGUUGACGUAUUGCAGCGACUACUAGAUGCCGGGGCUGAUCCCUUACAUCCUCAGGGUCCUGGGAGCAAGUGGCGACGCCGCAAACCCGGUAAAACGCCGGUCGAGUUCGCAUGUGAAGGCGGGCAUACAGAAGCAGCGAGGCUGCUGCUCCAGUAUAUCGACCCAGGCACGCGCUCCUGCGUUCUUCCGCAUUGGGCCGCAGUUCAGGGCCAGGAGAAGACCUUGCGUGCUCUCCUAGAAUACCCCGAGAUCAGAGCCAAUGUGAAUGCCAAAGACAACAAUGGGCGCACGGCCCUAUAUCUUGCAGCGCGCAGUGGCUCCGCUCCAACUGUCGACCUACUGCUUAAACACGAUGUCGAUGUGCAUGCUCGCUCCAAGGGCACCGGGAUCUACCCCGGCCUUUCUGAGCCGAAGGGUCCGUGGACGGCACUACAGGCAUGGGCCAACCCGAGUCAGUCAUCGCACUGGCGGAGAAAAACCAGCAAGGACGAAUUUGAGCGAGUAGGCGAGCUUCUAAUCCAGGCAGGAAGCGAUAUUGAAGCGCGCGAUGGCCAGGGCAAGACGCCGCUGUUCUACUGGAGCAUGCAUGAUUACUCCGACGUGCGCACUGCGCCCAUUCUACUUCGGCAUGGUGCCAAUGCCCGGGCACUUGACAAUGAUGGAAACUCGGUUUUGCACGAAGGGACCCCGUAUAGAAACCCUGUGGAGACAAUCCGCCUCCUCAUCGAUGCAGGGGCAGAUAUCAACCACGCACGGAAGUUGGAUGGCGCGACGCCGCUGAUCGCGCAAGCAAAAGUCUGUUGGAUCGACGUAAACGUAUUCACUGAGUUUGGUGCUGAUGCGAACAUUCAAGACGCAGACGGUAAUACAGCACUGCACUGGAUUUGCAGCAACUGGGUGAGAAGUCUGGCCAUGUUGCAAGAAUGGGUGCAGUUCGCGGAUCCCACGAUUCGCAACAACGCAGGCCAGACGUGUCUAUACAACCUGCGGGAUGACAACGACGCGUACGAUAGAGUGAAGAUCUUUCUUGACAACGGCGUGGAUCUCGAGUCGCGCGAUCGGAGAGGGCGAACGGUCCUGCUGGCGGCUUGUGAGAAGGGCAAGCGGCAGCUUAUCACGGCCUUGAUGCAGCAUGGGGCGUCUGCGACGGCAACUGACUUGGAGAAUAAGACCUGUUUACACAUCCUGGCACAGGUAGCGCUGUCGAGCAGCGACUACGGAAGCAAAGAUCGCGGCGUCGCAGUCGACAUUAUGUCGCGUUUUAUGGAGGCUGGUGUGGAUAUAAACGCCGUCGACAUCAAUGGAAACACGGCCUUCCACGACGCGAUCAAUAUAGACGACGCGUUCGCGACGCUGCGGGCGGGCGCUGGUGCUCUCCUUGAACUGGGUGCGGAUCCCAACACAGCAGACAACCAGGGACGGACGGUCCUGCAUAAGAUCGCUUCUCUUCGUGCUAAGUCCUUUGCGGACCGCUUUGACUGGCUUCAGGAGGCUGGAAUAAGUCUUGACCUCCAUGCCCGAGAUCACCAAGGAUACAUGCCGAUUCAUUACGCUGCAUCCGUGGCAGAUCUCAACGUCCUGAAGCUGGUGGAGGCUGGUGCAGACCCCCGGGUCGGCAUAAACAACCGCUGCAAUGUAUUACAUAUCUCGGCCGGUGCUGGGCAGGCCAGUGCUCUUGGACUUCUGUGCAAGCUGUACACAGAUCACGGAUGGGAUAUCAACCAGCCAGACGAAAACGGCCGAUCUCCAUUGCACUAUGCCGCUGCAUCUGGGAGCUCUGAAUGCGUGUUCUACCUCCUCCAGGCCGGGGCAGCUAUCAACGUACAGGACCGUCAGGGGCUGACGCCUCUGCAUGCGACGACCGAGUACCGGAUCGAUCAUGUCGCGGCGAGACGGGCCCGCAGAAAAGCCGGGUUCCCGUAUGGAAAGGGCCGUGGGAGUUCGUGGGAUGAUGAUCUCCUGCGAUUGAUGGACACGAGGCGCGAUGCUCCUAUCCAUAAAACCCCGGAAGCCGUGAGGGCUGCCGUUGCCACCGAGGAGGAAGUCCAGAUGGUUCAAGACUCUGUACGCCUGUUGCUCUCGGCGGGGGCUGAUCAAAGUGUGCGUGAUAGGUCUGGGUGGACGGCCUAUGACCUGGCUGUCUACCUGGACCGGGGAGAUAUAGCUGCUAUCUUAAAGCCCCCAUCGGACAAUUGUGGUCAGAGAAUGUCCGUCCCAUUCCACUGGUACUCACUUGGGGGAUUUGAUGCAAAUAAAAUCGUCCAGCAACUCGAUAUCGGCAACUGCGAUGCUUAUACUGUCUUCCAUGUUGCACUCUCGCAGCGAAAUGAAGCCCUGAUAUCGGCCCUUCUGGAUGCAGGAGUAGACCCAGCUGUCCCUGGCCCCGACAAGCUGGCACCAGUUCAUUACGUUGCCUUCUGGGGUCUGGUGUCAGUAAUGAAGCUGAUGAUGCGCUAUAUAAAAGACAUAAAUUCUAUCAACCCACCACUGCUCCACGCAGCCCUCUGCCGACAGCGGUCGAAUAUCCAGAUGGUUGAUCUUCUGUUGAGCCACGGUGUCAACGUCAACGCCUACUUCCAAACCCCCAUGGACGAGAGGGUCUCGACCGCUCGGGCGCCAGGCAAUAACCCAGUGCACAUGCUGGCUGGUGGAGAGCAUUGGUGGCACACCUUGGCGCUCCAGUCCCUCUGCAAAGCCGGAGCUGACCUCGAAUCCGUCGACUCGCAUGGGAGAACAGUCCUGCAAUGCGCUCUCACGUCGGGCGUCUCUGUCCGCCACGGGCCCUGGCAACAGGAAACAUUGGAUACCAUUCUGGAGAAUGGGGCAAGCAUCAACGCGACGGCGCUGCAGUGCGCUAUACAAUACAAGUGGGGAGUGCCCGUGAUCCAGCGGCUCCUGCACAACGGCGGUGAUAUCACAUCAGCCAUCCAUGCCGCCGUCAGAAGCGGGAGUAUUCCAGGAUGUGAGGCUAUACUCGACGCCGGGGCUGAUGUGAACACCAUCCAUGACCGGGAAACGCCGCUUCUCGUCGCUGCUAGGAAGACCUCACACGAUUACGACUUGAUAUCCGUGCUUCUUCAGCGUGGAGCUGAUCCCUUAUUUGAGCUCGACGAGGGUAUGACCACUGUCUUCCAUGAGAUCUGCCACGAUAAUGGCAUCGUAUCGCCAUUUAUAGAGAUGGGUAUUGACCUGGAGAAGACCAACGCGGCCGGGCUGACGCCUCUUCUUGAGUCGUGUGGGUCACCAAAGGCAUCUGACUUCUAUCGAAGAGAUGAGUCGGUUCCCAUCAAGCUCAUCAUGGCAGGGGCCAACAUCCAUGCAGUCAGUCCCGAGGGCUCGAGUGCACUACAUAUGGCUGUUCAAUCCGGACUCCGCGAGACCGUCUCAUUGCUCAUCGAAAAGGGGGCUCAUGUUUCAGCGAAGAACAACGCAGGACUCACCCCGCUGUACUACGCCGUGAAAUAUGGGGCGGCCCGGGUCUGUAUACCCAUGGCGAAGGCUCUCCUUGCAGCUGGGGCAGAUCCGCUAUUUACAGGCCCCAAUGGUGGGAAUGCACUGCAUAUCAUCGCCCCGUUGCUGCUGCAGUAUAGCCCAGCGGGGUCCUACGAGCGCGAAUACCAGAUGCGCGACGGGUUGGAUUAUUUUGGGGAAUACAACGCGUUAUACAAGAGGUUUUCUGAGAGCGGCUGUGAUCGUAAUGCCCGGGACAACCAAGGCAAUACCCCCCUGUUCCCAUAUGUGCAAGAGUUGAAGGAGGAAAAUGAAGUCUGCAGUUCCGACCCUCCUGCAGAAGAGGACGUUCGGGAGAUGUUUGACACGCACGACGUCUUUGCGGUAAAUAAUGACGGUGAUACACUGUUGCAUGUAAUAGCAACCAGAGAGGAGACCGAGCGUAGGUUCGAUGAGGAUACUGUACGGCUGUUUCAGGACCUGCUGGCGAGGGGGGUCGAUGCGAGACAGGAGAAUAGCAAGGGGCUGAGUGCUUUGGACGUUGCUAUGGCUUAUGAUCAAGAGGCAAUCUUGGAGUUAUUUGAGAGGGAGGAGUGA